CACGCUUUUUAAAGCCCACCACCCCAUCGACUCCACGAGCCCUCCGCUCUUUGUGCUCUCUCUUCCCACCACUUCCCGAUCCCAUCAGCAGUGCGGCUCCAUCUCAUUCAUCGCCAUCGCCAUCUCCAUGGGAGCUCUCGGAUGCUACGUGUGCAAGAAGAUGAAGAAAUCGCCAGGGUUUCAGUUCCUUCUUGUGCUUAUUUUCAACUGGAGGGUUCUCCUCGCUCAAGUUCACUCCUUUCCUCACUAUGAAGUCUCUGCGCUGGUCUCCUUUAAGCGCGCUGCAUUUGAGGACCCUUUCUCGGCUUUAUCCGAUUGGAAUCCCCUCGAUGGGAGUCCUUGCAGCUGGACCGGCGUCACCUGCUCCGCAAAUCAGGAUUCUGUGGUUUUUCUAAACCUUUCUGGAUCGUCAUUGAAAGGAUUUCUUACUCCUGAGCUUAGAUAUCUCGGUUGUCUUCAAGAACUGCAUUUGAACAAUAACUUGCUUUUAGGCACGAUUCCGGUGGAAAUAGGGAUGUUGAAGAACCUAACGGUGUUGGAUUUGAGCAUGAAUCAGCUCACUGGUCCUAUUCCUCCUAUGCUUGGAGAAUUAACUGCCAUCAAAAAAUUAGAUCUCCAUUCCAAUGAGUUGACUGGUAACAUACCGCCUGAACUUGGUAAAUUGGAGAAUCUUGUGGAGCUAAGAUUAGACAGGAAUAGGCUUGAGGGACAAAUUCCAGGAGGCAGCAACUUAAAUGUCUCUGCAACAUCGCAUGGCGUGCAUGAUAGCAAAAGCAGUGACCUUUGCCAUUUAUCUAAGUUAAGAACUGGAGAUUUUUCCUACAAUUUCUUGGUUGGACAAAUACCAUCGUGUUUGAAGUAUCUACAAAGGUCAAGCUUCCAAGGAAAUUGCUUUCAAGAUAAAUACUGGGUUUUGCAGCGGACUCCUCGAUCAUGUCAUUCAAACAAAAAUCAGGCAAUAGCUAAGGAGAAAGAUAAACAGUUUACUGAUGACUAUAAUAAGCAUCCGAGUCCACAGCAGCCAGAAUGGCUUUUGAUUCUGGAGGUCACAACUGGAUUUAUUAUACUUGUCUUCAUUAUCACAGGAAUUGCCACCGCUGUAAGGACGUGUAAGUUAAAAAAUUCAGAGAAAAUCCAUUGGAAGAAAAAAAUGAGUUGGAAGGGUGAGAUGUCAAUAUCAAUAGACGGUGACAUAUUAAAAAAUGUUCCAAGGUUUAUCCGCGCGGAACUUGAAAUAGCUUGUGAGGAUUUCAGUAAUAUAAUUGGCACUUCCUCACAUGGUAUGGUCUACAAAGGAACAAUGAAGGAUGCAACUGAAGUUGCUGUUAUCUCAUUAUGCAACUUAGAAGACCAAUGGACAAACUAUCUUGAGUUAUCCUUUCACACUAAGGUAGCAGAUCUUGCUAGAAUGGAUCAUGAAAACCUACCGAAGUUACUGGGUUAUUGCAAAGAAACUGAACCUUUUUCAAGAAUGCUGGUACUUGGUUAUGCCUCUAAUGGGACAUUGUACGAACAUAUACAUUAUGGUGAUGGAUCUCAGUUAUCUUGGAUUAGACGCAUGAAAAUAAUUCUAGGAGUUGCUCGGGGAUUACAGUACUUGCACACGGAGCUGCAACCACCAUUCGUGCUGUCUGAAAUUAGUUCAAAUGCUGUGUAUCUCACUGAAGAUUUUUCCCCAAAGUUGGUUGAUUUCAAGAGCUGCAAAGUUAUUUUCUCAGAAUCCAAGAAGAGUACUGGUUACAUCACCAAUGGAGGUUCUCUUCCAGGACACAAUUCUUCUCGCGAGCAACAAGACAUGGAGAUACAAGCAAACAUAUUUGCUUUUGGAGUGCUUCUACUGGAAAUAAUCAGUGGAAGACCUCCAUACUGCAAGGAAAGAGGGUGUCUGAUAACUUGGGCCACUGAGUACCUUCAAAACCCAGAAGAGAAAGUUAAACUAGUUGAUCCUGGACUAAAAAAUGUGAAGUCAGAAGAUCUCACGGUCAUAUGCAGUGUGGUUAGCCUCUGCAUCGAACCCGAUCCCACGAAGAGACCAUCGAUGCAAGCAAUCACUGGUAUGUUGGAGGAAAAAAUUGAGUUAUCAGCUGCUGCCCUUCUCAAGGAGUCUCCCUUGGCAUGGGCUGAGCUAGCCUUGUCUUCCUAACACUCCUUCCUCCAUGAAAAUCCACAUCAUACAUAGGAUAUGCCUUGUUUCAGCUUUACCCAACCAUUUGUUUCUUCCCUUGGAAUUUGAUUUACAAUUGUGCUUGCCUGCUGAAGUAAUACAAGAAACUGCAUGGCACACAAGAUUUCAUUGAGGCGAUGCAUGUAUCAAAAUGAACUGUGGAUUGACAUUUUUUUUUUUUGAUUCAGAUUUGAUCACGUGGGUGUUGAGUGUGUAUAUUAAAAUGUAGACUACCUGAUAAAGGAAGAUAUGUUGUUGUUGAUUUUCAAAUAGUUGGGACAAAUGCAAGAUGAGUUUGGCAUGUCA